CCCACCAGGCCCGGCUCCGCUCUCCCGUACGCCCAACAACCGGGACAGGCCUAAGCCACGCCUCUGCCGUCAAGCCCCUCCCCUUCCCUUAAGGCCCCGCCCUUCGGUCUGCUUGUUUUCCCCGCCUGAGCGCUGGAGGCAACAGCUAAGGCCGGUUCUGUGCGAGGAACUUGAGGCAAUGGGGCUUCCUGAAGAGCGGGGUCGAAGCGGCCGCGGGAGCAGGGCCCGGGAGGAGGCUGGAGCCCGGAGCUGGGCUCGGAGUUGGUCUCCACCGCCCGAGAUCAUCCGUUGCGCGCACGUCCCUUCGCAGCAGCGUUACGCAGAGCUGCACCGGCUCUCUGUGGAGAACCCGCAAGAGUUUUGGGGAGACAUUGCCAAGGAGUUUUACUGGAAGACCCCAUGUCCUGGUCCAUUCCACCAGUACAACUUUGAUGUGACUAAAGGGAGAAUCUUCAUUGAAUGGAUGAAAGGGGCAACUACCAACAUCUGCUACAAUGUACUGGAUCGAAUUGUCCAUGAGAAAAAACUUGGCGAUAAAGUUGCUUUUUACUGGGAAGGCAAUGAGCCAGAGGAUACCACCCAGAUCACAUACCGUGAGCUUCUGGUCCAAGUAUGUCAAUUCAGCAAUGUUCUCCGAAAACAGGGCAUUUGGAAGGGCGACCGAGUGGCCAUCUACAUGCCUAUGAUACCGGAGCUUGUGGUGGCCAUGCUGGCGUGUGCCCGCCUUGGGGCUCUGCACUCCAUUGUGUUUGCAGGCUUCUCUUCAGAGUCUCUUUGUGAACGGAUCCUGGAUUCCAGUUGCAGCCUUCUCAUCACUGCAGAUGCCUUCUACAGGGGGGAAAAGCUUGUGAACCUGAAGGAGCUGGCUGACGAGGCCCUGGACAAGUGUCGGGAGAAGGGCUUCCCAGUGAGAUGCUGCAUUGUAGUCAAGCACCUGGGGCGGGCCGAACUGGGCUCAAGUGACUCUCCCAGCCAGUCCCCCCCGCUUAAGAGGACAUGCCCGGAUAUGCAGGAUAAGCCGAAAGGGAAACCCAAGCGCAUCUGGCCCCAGAUCUCCUGGAACAACGGGGUGGACUUUUGGUGGCAUGAACUCAUGCAAGACGCAGGAGAUGAGUGUGAGCCCGAGUGGUGUGAUGCUGAAGACCCACUCUUCAUCCUGUACACCAGCGGCUCCACAGGCAAACCCAAGGGUGUGGUACAUACCGUUGGGGGAUAUAUGCUCUAUGUGGCUACAACCUUCAAGUAUGUAUUUGACUUCCAUGCGGAGGAUGUGUUCUGGUGCACAGCAGACAUUGGCUGGAUCACUGGCCAUUCCUAUGUCACCUAUGGGCCCCUGGCCAAUGGAGCCACCAGUGUUUUGUUUGAGGGGAUUCCCACACACCCGGACGUGAGCCGCCUGUGGAGCGUCGUGGACAAGUACAAGGUGACCAAGUUUUACACGGCACCCACGGCCAUCCGCCUGCUCAUGAAGUCUGGAGAUGGGCCUGUUACCAAGCAUAGCCGGGCAUCCUUAAAGGUGCUAGGCACAGUGGGCGAACCCAUCAACCCUGAGGCCUGGCUGUGGUACCACCGGGUGGUAGGUGACAACCGCUGCCCCAUUGUGGACACCUUCUGGCAGACAGAGACAGGUGGCCACAUGCUGACCCCCCUCCCUGGUGCCACACGCACAAAGCCUGGUUCUGCUACCUUUCCAUUCUUUGGUGUAGCUCCUGCAAUCCUGAAUGAGGCUGGGGAAGAGUUAGAAGGUGAAGCUGAAGGUUAUCUGGUGUUCAAGCAGCCCUGGCCAGGGAUCAUGCGCACAGUCUACGGGAACCACGAACGCUUUGAAGCCACCUACUUUAAGAAGUUUCCCGGGUACUAUGUGACAGGAGAUGGCUGCCGACGGGACAAGGAUGGCUAUUACUGGAUCACUGGAAGGAUUGAUGACAUGCUAAAUGUAUCCGGACACCUGCUGAGCACAGCAGAGGUAGAGUCAGCACUUGUGGAACACCAGGCUAUCGCAGAGGCAGCCGUGGUUGGCCACCCUCAUCCUGUGAAGGGCGAAUGCCUCUACUGCUUUGUUACCCUGCGUGAUGGCCACAUCUUCAGCCCCACCCUUACUGAAGAGCUCAAGAAGCAGAUUAGAGAAAAGAUUGGCCCCAUUGCCACACCGGAUUUCAUCCAGAACGCACCCGGUUUGCCUAAAACCCGCUCAGGGAAAAUCAUGAGGCGGGUGCUUCGGAAGAUCGCUCAGAAUGACCAUGACCUGGGGGACACGUCCACUGUGGCUGACCCAUCCGUCAUCACCCAGCUCUUCAGCCACCGCUGCCAGACCAUCCAAUGAAUGAGACCCUGCCCUUUACCCAGGAUUCCCUUUGCUUUGCUUUCCAAAGUUUUGCCCAUCCUCCCUGCCCCCCACCCAGCACUGAGGGCCAGUGCUGACCCCCACCACCUCCCUUGACCAGCUGUCUGGGACUGAGGAUCAACUUUGCCUCUGGGUGGAGGCAACUUCUUGCAACUGCCAGGCGAGGUCCAGGUUAGUCUCGGGCUACUGUGUCCCUAGACUGCAAAGAGCCCUUGGAGCCCAAAACAGGGACCUGAAGGCCACGUCCCAACCUAAGUUAAGUGUUCAGUGGGCAAGUGAGGGCAUAGACUGAAGCAGGGAAGCAACUCUAUAAUCCUAUGUCAGCUCUCUCAGGAAAUACCACUACUUAUCUUGGGCAUGCACUUGCCCUUGGAAAUGCCUGUUUGUGAGUCUUGGAACAAUUGAUUAUUAUUUUUUUAAACACUUUGCUGCUUCUGUUUUGGGUCUGAAUUUCUUUUUGCGCCAGAUGGCAGUGCUUGUCUGCCAUUUGCUCCAGGGGCUGGGCAGGCAGGCUCAGUUUCCAGAGGGUUCUCAGAUCACCUGUGUCUUUGUAGGAGUAAAUGUGUUAUAUUUACUAGGGCCAGAGGAGCUUACUUUUCUUGUCCUCUGUUCCCACCCUCCCCUGAACAGAGUCUCGCCCAGAAGCGACAUUCUCAGAUGAAGCUCCCUUUUCUUGCCCCAGUCCUACUCAAGCCCUGUGGUUGUAGGAAUAAAGUCUGUGACCUCAAGAA